GGGUACAAUGCCCAACAGCAGCUCCUGUUCAUUCCGUAGCCAUUUUGGCUCAAGCGCCGGCUCGAGCUGACCGUGCUUGUGCUGCUGAUCCGCGUGAUCUCAUCUGCGAUGUCUUCAGGCCCACCGGCAUCGGUCAUAGGCAGCGCUCAUGGUUCCGAUGCUGCCUCCGAGAUGCAGCGGCAGAUAGCGGCCGCCGCUGCCCAGCAGGGCGUGGCUCAAGCAAAGGCGUCGGCCAAGACUGGCAUCUUCGAAAUCAAGUCCUACAUACAGGAGAACCCAGCAAGCGUGAAGGUGGUUUGCUUUCUGAUCGGUCUGCUUUUGAUGACGCUCAGCAUCCUCGGUAUCUUCAACGUGAUAGGCGCGGCUGUCGAGCCAAAGCAUUAUCUGAACAAUUUUUACAAUGUGUUCUUUGGUGUGAUAAUUUGCAUUUGCGACUGCAAGGAGUCAUGGGGCAAGGCCUGCUUCGAUAUCCAAGAGAAGCUAUUCAGGAAUGCGUAUCUCCUAGCGACCCAUAAAGGCCGUGGUAUGUUAUAUAUGUAUGUUGGCAGUACGAUUAUUUUCGUGUUGCCAGAUCGGAGUGAAUACCCAUUUUGGUCAUUGAUCUACGGCUUGAUGGGUAUACUUCUGUGUAUUCUGGCGUACCUGAUGCUGCUCUUGGCGUGGUGGGGCGAGCUCUGCGGAUGCAGGGGCCGCUAUGCCAGCAUGGAUGCUGGUGCCGACGCUGCUGGCAAUAGGGCUUGAGCCAGUGUCCGCGUAACUUGUCAUGGCCGUCCGUUUGCAGACAGAAAAAAAAAGCUCCUGUUCAUUCUGAACAGGGUUCGCUGUCCGCGCCGCCGCGGCCUGUGUCCAUUCGAGACAGGUGGCC